AUGGAUCGAAAACAGGAAACCUCAUCAGAAUCAAUACAUGAUUAUAUCGAAUGUAGUACAUUGCAGCAAUCGUACCUUGAAAGUUCAACGGCAAGAAGUUUCGAGCAGAUAAUAUCGAGGAAGUUAGCAAACAAAACCAUCGAGCAUAAUUCAGAGCAAAUACCGCAACUGAAAAGCGAGUUCUCCAGUUCUUUGGGUGAUGUCAUUUCCACAACAAAUUGUGCAACAGGAAAAUGGCAGCUUUCUCAAAACAUCGGGAAUUCAGAGACAAUGAGAUGGCAGGAUUGCUGCGAUGAUCCAAUUAAGGAAUCGCAAAGAAUGGAGAAAUAUAAAACCGAUCGGAGGCAGAGGUAUUACGAUCACGCAAAAAACAAAACGACAACCAGUCGCUAUUAUGCCGAAAUUUAG